AUGGACUGGAGGGACGAGCGGAUCAAGCAGCUGGAGGCCGAAGUGGUCCGCUUGAAGUGCUUUCGUAUCGAUAGCGAUUCACCGGCUGCCUGUUUUGCGACCAAUGCAGACAGUGUCAAAGUCGCAACCGUCAAAGGUGAGAUGACAUUAGGUAAACGACGGCGGUAUCCCAGCAAAGCCCAGAUUGUUCGUUAUCGGCGAAGCCUCUCCACUCCAGAUACGCUCACUGCUCUCAAGCCUUCAGAGUCCGAAAUAUUGGGCCGAGCUGUCGAAGCCCUGCAGUGGAAGGAUGCAGAGUGUCGCGAUACGUGGUUCGGCUCUCUUCUGCCUCGCCUAGGCCACAAUCGAGCUUUGGAUCUCGCUGCCAACGCUCUAACCACCGUAACGCGCUUACGCUAUGGUGCUCCCGGUAUCACCAGACAGGCAUGUUAUGAAACUGUUGCAAGGGCUCUGCCUGCGCUGCGAGACUCAAUAAAUUGCGGCAAGGGGAAGCAUGUCGACGAAGUUAUGGCCGCCAUUGCGCUCUUAGCCUCCUUCGAAGCCUUGGCGACGGAACAGACAGUGCCUUCCUCGACACACAUGGACGCCAUGGUCAUGGUUUGUGUGCGAAGAAAGCCGAGUCAUGGGCUCUCCGAUCUUGCGAAGGGUCUACUCGACUACUUUUAUUGCGACAUGUCAAUACGAGCAUGCGUUCGCGGGACGGUCUCGUCACUUGAGCAAGUUGUCCAUGAGCACUACCGCUCACGAACUUCAGCUCCGUUACAUGGCGCCGCUGCGCUGAAGGCUGUCGCGAACGAGCUAGCCAUUCGCCUGCCUAGGCUCAUUGCCAUGGUCCGUGAUGGGUGCGGCCACUCACCAGCCGUAGCAGAUACUUCCGAAACCGCACUACUUGCGAAUGAGCUGCUGGAGCUAGAAGCCAAAGCCGCGGAAAACGACCUUUUGCACCAUGUCGGUCUCGUACCCACGUUCGAUCCCGGAGACGCUGAGGUGAUAGAUUACUCUUUCGACUUCAACUGUAUCGGCGACUUCGAGGCCGCGAUCACCUACUGGCAAUACAGACUCACACUUCUCCGCCUUUGUAUACGACAGAAUCUGCUGAAUCAGACUGCAACGCCUUCUACAACGACGACAUCAGAUUCAAGCACCACAGAUGUUGCACCCGAGGCGCGUCGACUGGCUGCGAACCUGUUCAUGUCAAUUCCUCACGCACGUACGCUAACAUUGCCAAAGCGGAAAAGACUUCUUGCUCACAGUAUUGUCGUGCUGUGGGGUGCGAUUGAGGACAUUCCAGGCGCUCGACCGACAGAUUGUGAAAGCGCAGUGGUAAAAGGAUGGCUGCUGUGGCAUGUCAACGAUGCGCUGUUUGCAAAGCAUAACCCUACAUCAGAUCUCGACAUGGAUAGAGCGGCUGAGCUAUUCAUGGGAGGUCCGCUCGUUGGCAGAUACGCUGACUUGUUUCGUCAGCCAGGUUGA